AACCAAAGCUGCAUCAAUUGAAUCACUAUCUAGCAUCAAUUGUUUACCAGCUUAUAAAACUUUGGAAAGAGAUAAACCUAUCAGCUAUCUUUGAGUCUCCAUCUAGCAAGAGAAUAAAAU